CCACAAUAUUAUAUUUGGAAUUUCAGUUUUUUGUAAUAAUUGAAAAAGUAUAGAAGAUGGACCAAGAAUAUGCAUUUGCCCAACAUAUCCUGUAAGUGUUGUAGGUCUCAUUCGUUCUGCAAGUGGAACAUGAUCACUUCUAAAUGACUUUUUGAUUUCUUUAUCUACCUAAAAUUAUUGUUAGCUUUAUAACCAAUUUAAACAUUACAAAAUUGUCUUAGAAAAAAACAUUGGUAUUAUUACAUUGUAAUUAGAUGAAAUUCCUGAACUCUGAAUAUCUGUAUUUAAUGAAGAUGGCUCUAUUAAAUUACUUUUUUUCUUUAUUGUGCCCAAGUUAUUUGUUUUUACUUUUGAAUCACUCAAUUUAAUUAAUUUUCUAGCAGGACUCCUAUCCUUAGAAGUUGAAGAUUCACUACUUGUUGAUUCAUUUAAAAACAAACAUUUACUAGCAUGACUUUCUAUUACUGCAGACGAAAAUUCUUUAGAGCAAAUAGGACAAGUGAUAUUACCAGUGUUCAUAUUUAUACCUGUAACAAAUGCAUUCAUAUAAAUACAAUAUUGAUCAUGUUCAUUAUACCGAUUAAUUUUUAGGGCAAUGAAAUAUUAUUAAUUUUACUUUGUAACUUUGUAACUUACUUUAUAAAACAAACCGUUAUACGAGUUUGAAUGAAAAGGAUUUUCAGAGACGGUACCGUUAUGUUUUAUUGUUGGGUAUUAACCUCAGGUCAAUGUUGUUUCAUCAAUUUUAUGCAUUGAAUCUUCACCAUUCACCGUAUUAUUUAAUAAUUUCAAACUUCUAAAGAUAAUAAGAAUAUUAGGAUAUAUUCUCUUAUUCAGUAUUAAAAUUUUUUAAACAAGACAGUGUUGUGUUGAAACUAUUCCUCGAUUGAUGACGUGUCGACGCUAGACUCUAAGUAGUGUUUUAAGAAAUCUCUUCAUUUGUUCGAAGUGAAAAAAUCAGAAUAAUCAAAUAAUAUAAAAUCAUAAUAGUGUUUUAACAAUAGAGAAUUUAUGCAAUGGAAGUUCGUCGUAGACGUAGAACAAGGACACAAGAUAAUAAGGAAUUACAAGUGCAAAGCGCCAAGUUUGAUUAUGAGGAUAUUUCUGCCAAUUGUGUCGAAAAUAUUUUACGAGAUGAAAAAGAUGCAGAAAUUCCUUCUUACACAUUUGAGGAAUAUAAAGUGAAAGAAUCACUGGCAACGACGGCAAUACGAACGCAAAUUAAAAUAAAUCUUGAGAUCGAUUUAAUUUCAAUUAUUUUACUGAUAAGUGGAAUUGUCACUCGUCUUUACCGCUUAGAAGAACCACGCAGUAUUGUAUUUGAUGAAUUACAUUACGGAAAAUAUGUAGGACUUUAUAUGAGAAGAACAUUUUUUUUCGAUUCGCAUCCUCCUUUCGGAAAACAGCUUAUUUCCGUAAUAGCAUAUUUGGCGGGUUUCGAUGGUCAAUUUAAAUUUGAUACAAUUGGAAGCUCCUAUGCGGAUAACGUUCCUUUGUUCGCGUUACGAUUAGUACCCGCGUUAUGUGGCAGUUUCUUAAUUCCAACGGCCUAUCACUUAAUUUUAGAAUUGGGUUUGAAACAAUGGACUGCAGCAUUAGCGGGAAUAUUAUUGUUAUUCGAUAAUGCUCUCUUAACACAAUCCAGAUUUAUUUUGAUGGAAAGUAUUUUAAUGCAAUUUUCAUUAUUUGGAUUAAUAUGUAUUAUGAAAUUUAGAAAAGUAAUGGAUCAACCAAUGACUUUAUCUUGGUGGAUAUGGCUAAGUUUGGGUAUUGCAAACUUAACAUGUGCAUUAUGCGUGAAGUAUGUUGGAUUAUAUUCACUGAUUCUUGCAUUAUUCUUAAUUGCUUCUGAUUAUUGGACUCUAAUACCAAGAAAAUCUUUAUCUAGCACAGUAUUAUAUAUACAUCUUAUAAUAAGGAUUAUUGUAAUAGUGGGUGUAAUUUGUACUGUUUAUUUGACUAUAUUCUAUAUUCAUUUAUCUAUUCUCUCUAAAGCUGGGCCACACGAUUCUGUAAUGACAAGCGCUUUUCAAGCAAGUUUGGAAGGUGGUCUUGCCAGUAUUACAAAAGGUCAACCAUUAGAAGUUACGCAUGGUUCACAAAUUACUUUAAGGCACACAUAUGGAAGAGCUUGUUGGCUUCAUAGCCAUAAUCAUAUAUAUCCAUUAAAAUAUCCAGAUGGUCGAGGUAGCUCGCAUCAACAACAAGUUACAUGUUACUCCUUUAAAGAUGUUAAUAACUGGUGGAUUGUAAAAAAGCCAGAAAGAAAUGAUUUAGUUGUUACUAAACCUCGUGAGCCAAUAAAACAUGGUGACAUUAUACAGUUAGUACAUGGAAUUACAAGUCGAGCAUUAAAUUCACAUGAUGUUGCAGCUCCGAUGACACCUCAAAGUCAAGAAGUGUCUUGCUACAUUGAUUAUAAUGUAUCCAUGCCAGCACAAAAUCUUUGGAGAGUUGAAAUUGUUAACAAAAAUACUAAUGGCAAUAUUUGGCAUGCUAUUCAAAGUCAAGUGCGUUUGAUACAUGUAAAUACAGAUUAUGCAUUAAAGUUUAGCGGAAGGCAAUUACCUGAUUGGGGUUUCAACCAACACGAAGUAGUGGCAGAUAAAUUAAUAGAUCAAAUAGAUUCUAUGUGGAAUGUUGAGGAACAUAGAUAUACCAAAAGUGAAGAUCAGAAACAGAGAGAAAGAGAAUUAAUUAAUGCUGAAAUGAUUCCAUUACAAGCUACCACUUUGAGUUUUUGGGAAAAAUUCUUGGAAUUACAAAUAAAAAUGUUUUUUAGUGGUCAAGAAGGGCAAAAGAGUCAUAUGUAUUCUAGCAGUCCUUUAGAUUGGCCUUUGAUGUCUAGAGGAAUUGCAUAUUGGGUUUCGAAUGAUAGUAAUGCUCAAAUAUAUCUUUUAGGAAAUAUAAUAAUAUGGUAUUCCGCUACACUCUGUGUGGUUAUAUAUUCUUUUCUAUUUAUAUUUUAUAUGUUACGACGAAGAAGAAUGUGCUUCGAUAUUACACAUAUGGAAUGGAAUAAAUUUUCUAAUAUUGGAACCAUUUUAUUAACUGGAUACUUAUUACACUUCUUACCUUUUGUAUUUGUUGAAAGAACUCUUUUCCUUCAUCAUUAUUUGCCAGCAUUAAUUUUUAAGUUAUUGCUUACAGCAGCAACAGUAGAACAUUUAUACUAUUUAAUUGAGACUCGAUUCCAACAAAAUGUUCUGUUUCACAUAUUAAGAUGCAUUACUUUCAUCUGGAUAGUUUUUAUUAUAUACAUAUUUAAAAAAUUUUCCCUACUUAGCUACGGGACAACACAUUUAAGUGCCAAGGAAGUUUUGAAGUUGAGAUGGCGAGACACAUGGGACUUUAUUGUACAUAAAACUUAAAGAAAUAUUCAAAUUUAAAAUAUUUCUUGUAAUGUUAUUGAGCAUUUUACCAGUAAACUGCAUGUACUUUUUAUGUAUACUAUAAUAUGAAAUUUUAAGCAAUUUUUUAUUGUAAGUUAUAUUUAUUAUUUAUAUCUUGAAGUUGUAACUGAUACAGAUUUAUUACCUUUUGUAUUAUAAAGUAUAUACUUGAUCAUAUAGAUUGAUUAUAUUUUGUAAGAAAUUUGUUAAUUAUUAUGUAUGUGUAUAUAUGUAAUGAAUGA